AAAAGUAGUGCAUAUUUGGUGUAUCAAGUUUUUGGCAUCGUUGCCGAGGACUAGUCAUCUACAUAUUAAGAUUAAUAAUUUGGCCUUAGAUUGAAUUUUUUCUUUUACUAAACUCGAUUAGUUGUUCCUUUUUGUUUUAAGUAAUUGGUAGUUAAUUUGCAUAUUUUAUAGUUUAAUUUGUUUUUCGCUUUUAUUCUUUAUUUAUCUGAGUUUUAUUAUUAUUAUUUUUUAUUUUACAACUUUACUAGUGCAUGACCCGUAGUAGUGGUGGUGAUCUUGUUCCAUUUGAUCCAGAAAUUGAGAGAAAUUUUAGGGAGUUUUUAAGAGAGCAAAAACAGAACAUCAUGGCAGAAGGAGGUGAAGGUCAAAAUAAUGCACGCAUUCUUAGUUCGUAUGCCACCCUAUCCAUUGAAGGAACAACAUCUAGCAUUAGGAGGCCAGCGAUUCAAGCCAAUAAUUUUGAAAUUAAACCAGCUAUCAUUCAAAUGGAAAUAAGGUUCCAAAAUCAAGAUGCUACUAUUUGGAACAUAGAAACACAACUUGGACAUAUUGCUAAUAUGGUUUCUAGAAGAGUUCAAGGCGGUUUGCCAAGCAAUAGUGAAAAGAAUCUAAGAGAGCAAUUAAAGGCUAACACUUUGAGGAGUGGAAAAGAACUGAAAGAGAUGCCAAGUUAUGCAAAAUUUUUGAAGGAGAUCCUUGCCAAUAAAAGAAAGUUAGAGGAGUUUGAGAUGAUGAAGUUAAAUGAAGAAUGCUCUGUCAUUCUUCAAAAUAAGUUACCUCCUAAGUUGAACGAUCCAAGGAGUUUUUCUAUACUUUGUAUUAUUGGCAAUGUCAAUUUUAAUAAGACUUUAUGUGAUUUAGAAAUUGAGGAGGAGAAACUCUUAAGAGUGUUGCGAGAAUAUAAAGGAGCUAUAGGAUGGAGCAUAGCGGAUAUCAAAGGAGUUAGCCUUUCGAUUUGCAUGCAUAAAAUCUUGUUGGACGAUGGGUACAAGCCAAUUGUUCAGCUAGAAAGACGUCUUAAUCCUAACAUGCAAGAUGUGGUAAAAAAGGAGGUAAUCAAAUGGUUGGAUGUAGGUAUUGUUUUUCCUAUCUUUGGUAGUACCUGGGUGAGUCCUGUUCAAGUAAUGCCUAAAAAGGGUGGGACAACUAUGGUACCGGACACUGGACUAGGACCAGGCGGACAGUACUGGGCAGAGAGUUCAGCCGGCACAGAGGAAGGAGUUGACAAGGAGGGGUGGACAGGGCAGAACAGAGGGCGUGGUAUGGGAAGCAGAGGGAAUAUAUGGAAAGGGGAUAUGAUGUGGGAAUGUUCAAGCAAGCAACAACCUUCUUCUUCACCAACAUUCCCAAUGACUGGAGCUACUCUGAAAUGUGGACAGAAUUUGCAAAAUUUGGCAGAGUAUACGCAAUAUACAGCCCUCCAAGAAGAAACAGAAAUGGAAGAAGAUGACAGUACAAGCAAGAGGAGGAGGUUCGACAUAGCCAGAUUCCUUAUAUCGAUGUCGAUAAUGGAUUUAAUCUCAGUGAAGAGGCAGAUCAAAGUUAAUGGAGUCUUCAACAAUCUGAAAUUUUUGAAAGAAGAAAUGACUAAUAGUCUAUCCUCAUUAAGGUAUGAUUUUAUGCCAAAUUUUAAGAGUGAUUCUAGCUCUAAAGAGUCAUGGUCUGAGGGAAGCAAUGAUUAUGAGGAGCUGGGAAGUAAAUUCAGUGCAGAAGAUAACGGAAAUAUCGACGAAGAAGAAGAAGAUGUUAGAGGGGAACAGGAGUUAAAUGAGUUGGACAAACGGUCGACCAACACCCCGUCUGACAAAGCAAAAUUUGAAAUGAAGGGCAUGGGUGAGUUUGAAAUUGUGGCAGAGAGAGGUGGCGUGAAUAAGUGGAGAAGAUUUGACAGGAGCACAUACAGCCAACUGGGUGAGGAAGAAUCAGUGGAAAUGGUGGCGGACAGUAUGGAAGGGCUUCUAGAAGCAAGUGACAUGGGGAGUGGUGAAGAGGUGGGGCUUUGUAAAUUGGACUCUAAGAGUAGGACAACAAUGGACUCAAUAGAGAACACGGAAGAAUAUGAUUUGGGCCAAAGGCUAAAGCCCAUAUUGAAAGGCUUGGGUCCAAACCAUGAAGAAAAUGAAGAAGGAGACAAGGAUAUGAGGGCCCCAUCGGAUUCAAAAAGCAGCACCCAAGUGGGAGAAAAGGGGGAUUUGCUGGGAAUAUCAAGAAAUGAGGAAAGAAGGGACCAUCAGCAAAUUUGCAGUGAGAUACAAGCGAAGACACCGAGUGAAGAAGCAAGGGUGAAUGAGAGGGUAAGCACCAGCAGAGAAAUAGACAAAAAAAGAAGAAAAAGGAGAGCUGUGAGCUGCAGAUCAGUGUACCAAAAAGCAAUAAUGUUUGGAUUAACGGGCCAACGAAGGAAAGGCCGAAGCAAAUCUAAGAAGAAGCAAGCAGAGAAAGAAGGGAUUCUGAGUUUCCUUCCAAAUAUGAGUAAUUCGGUGGCAGGGGGAUCAGUGGGAGACAGUGGAAUAGAGAACUGCAACAGGAUGCUAAAGGAGCAAAGGUACUGCCUCAAAGAAAAGAUGAAGUUGACAAAGGAGGCGCUAAGGAAAUGGAGUAGGGACUCAACCUUGGAUAUUGAGAGAAAGAUAAGCAAUGUUGCAGCAGAGAUAGACUGGAUUGAUAGGAAGGGGGAACAAGAGCAGCUGAUGGAAGAAGAAAUCAAGAAAAGAAGAGAGGCCACAAUAACCCUAUGGGAAAAUAUGAAGAGAAAGGAAAGUGUGAUCCAACAAAAAUCAAGGAAGACAUGGUUAGCUCACGGAGAUGCAAAUACAAAGUUCUUCCACAAGUGUGUAAAGGGGAGAUGGAGAAGAAAUGAGAUGAUUAGCAUACACAUAAAUGGAGUCCAGUUAAAGGUAGCUAGCAGAAUGAAGGACGAGCUUGCUGGUUUCUUUGAGGAGAUGUUUAAGGAAAAACAGAGGGUUAGGCCAAAGCUGAAUGGGGUGUGUUUCAAACAGAUUUCACAAGAAGAUAAUGAUUUCAUAACUGGACCCUUCAGUGAAAGUGAGAUCAAGGUAGCAGUGUGGGAGUGUGAUAGCUUGAAAGCGCUAGGCCCUGAUGGGUUUAACUUCAAGUUUAUCAAGUGCGAAUGGGAGCUAAUUAAAGAUGAUGUGAUUAGAUUCAUACAGGAAUUCCACAAGAACAACAAGAUGGUGAGAGGACUCAACACAUCCUUCAUUGUACUGGUUCCCAAAUCGGACAAUCCGCAGAAGAUAAAGGAGUGUCGACCCAUCUCUUUAAUUGGAGUCAUGUAUAAAAUCCUAGCCAAGUUGCUAGCCAACCGCUUAAAGAAGGUGUUGCACCAAGUAGUGGGAGAACAACAGACGGCAUUUUUAAGUGGAAGAUAGCUGAUGGAUGGAGUUUUGAUUGCUAAUGAGGUGAUCUGAUAAGCUAAAUUUAUAUACAUAUUAAUAGGGAAUUUUUACUUUGAUUUUAUUGAUAUUUGGAUGAGUUUUAUGGGAUUUUGUUUGAUUUUACAUGGUUUUCAUUCUUUGUGUAGGAAAGGAUUUAAUUGGAAGAAAUUCUACUUUUUAGAAGUAAAUUGAAAUGAUCAGA